GUAGCCUGGUAAUGUACUCCCAGGUCUUUCUCUGCCUCUGUGGUGGAUAGUGGAGUGUUUCCCAUGUGGUAUUGGUGUGCUGGAUAUCCCUUCACUGGUAGCCUGGUAACAUACACUCCCAGGUCUUUCUCUGCCUCUGUGGUGGAUAGUGGAGUGUUUCCCAUGUGGUAUUGAUGUGCUGGAUAUCCCUUCACUGGUAGCCUGGUAACAUACACUCCCAGGUCUUUCUCUGCCUCUGUGGUGGAUAGUGGAGUGUUUCCCAUGUGGUAUUGGUGUGCUGGAUAUCCCUUCACUGGUAGCCUGGUAACAUACACUCCCAGGUCUUUCUCUGCCUCUGUGGUGGAUAGUGGAGUGUUUCCCAUGUGGUAUUGGUGUGCUGGAUAUCCCUUCACUGGUAGCCUGGUAACAUACACUCCCAGGUCUUUCUCUGCCUCUGUGGUGGAUAGUGGAGUGUUUCCCAUGUGGUAUUGGUGUGCUGGAUAUCCCUUCACUGGUAGCCUGGUAACAUACACUCCCAGGUCUUUCUCUGCCUCUGUGGUGGAUAGUGAAGUGUUUCCCAUGUGGUAUUGGUGUGCUGGAUAUCCCUUCACUGGUAGCCUGGUAACAUACACUCCCAGGUCUUUCUCUGCCUCUGUGGUGGAUAGUGGAGUGUUUCCCAUGUGGUAUUGGUGUGCUGGAUAUCCCUUCACUGGUAGCCUGGUAACAUACACUCCCAGGUCUUUCUCUGCCUCUGUGGUGGAUAGUGGAGUGUUUCCCAUGUGGUAUUGGUGUGCUGGAUAUCCCUUCACUGGUAGCCUGGUAACAUACACUCCCAGGUCUUUCUCUGCCUCUGUGGUGGAUAGUGGAGUGUUUCCCAUGUGGUAUUGGUGUGCUGGAUAUCCCUUCACUGGUAGCCUGGUAACAUACACUCCCAGGUCUUUCUCUGCCUCUGUGGUGGAUAGUGGAGUGUUUCCCAUGUGGUAUUGGUGUGCUGGAUAUCCCCUCCCAAGGUGUAGGACUUUACAUUUUUCUUCAUUGAAUUGUAGCAGCCACUCUUUGUUCCAUUCCUGUAGCUUGGUGAGGUCUUAUGGUAGGAAAUCCACAGCCAAGGAGUUUAAAAGGGAAGAUGUCUCACUGAAAUUGAUACAGAGCCCUUAUUAUAGACCACAACCAAGGAAUCAGUUUAUCUUCAGGAGUUGCAUUGUGUAG